AGGUAUAGAAACCAGUAUCUACUCGGGCCUGUCUCGCAGUCUUUGAGACCCUUCCCUUCGGAUUUAGGUCUGUUGACACACCUUGGAAAUAUGACUUCUUCCAACCCUGACCAGCGUCUGGAACAUCUCCUCAGCGCCGUGGAGAGCGAGUUCCAGAAGGGCAGCGAGAAGGGAGACGCGUCCGAGAGGGAUAUUAAACUGACGCUGGAGGACGCAGACUUAUGGAACAAGUUUAAAGAAUUGACCAACGAGAUGAUUGUCACCAAGACGGGAAGGAGAAUGUUUCCGGUUCUGAGGGCCAGCGUAACAGGUCUGGACCCAAACGCCAUGUACUCGGUAUUGCUGGAUUUCGUCGCCGCAGACAAUAACCGCUGGAAGUACGUGAACGGGGAGUGGGUUCCCGGAGGCAAACCGGAACCCCAGAGCCCGAGCUGCGUCUACAUCCAUCCGGAUUCCCCAAACUUCGGAGCGCACUGGAUGAAAGCGCCGGUGUCCUUCAGCAAAGUCAAACUCUCCAAUAAACUUAACGGCGGCGGUCAGAUCAUGCUGAAUUCUCUGCACAAAUAUGAGCCGAGGAUACACAUCGUGAAGGUGGGAGGCAUCCAGAAGAUGAUCAGCAGCCAGUCCUUCCCAGAAACACAGUUCAUUGCAGUCACUGCUUAUCAGAAUGAGGAGAUCACAGCUCUGAAGAUAAAGCACAAUCCCUUUGCUAAAGCCUUCCUGGAUGCCAAGGAGAGGAGUGACCAUAAAGAAGUGUCCGAUCAUAGCACGGACAGUCAACAGUCUGGAUAUUCUCAACUUGGAGGUUGGUUCAUUCCAGGCCAGAGUCCCAUCUGCCCCAGCAGCAGCCCCCCUCAGUUCAGCAGCACAACAGGCCACUCUUCUGGAUCCUACUGCGAGCGCUACUCCAGCCUGAGGAGCCACAGAGCGGCCCCGUACCCCAGCCACUACCCCCACCGCACCACCAGUACAAAUAACUACAUGGACAACACUUCAGGGACUCUGCCAACUCAUGACAGCUGGUCUGCUCUUCAGAUCCCCAACUCCACAGGCAUGGGCACUCUGUCCCACACCACCAACUCCACAUCCAAUUCUAGUCAGUACCCUAGCCUCUGGUCAGUAGCUGGCACCACGCUCACCCCUUCAGGCUCGGCUUCGGGCUCCAUACCUGGAGGUCUGACCUCCCAGUUCCUUAGGGGCUCUUCAUACACAGGCCUGACCUCCUCGCUGCCUGUCUCCUCACCUUCCCCAAUGUACGACCCCAGCCUGGGUGAGGUUGGGGUCGGGGAAGCCCAGUUUGAGAGUUCCAUUGCCAGGCUGACUGCUAGCUGGACGCCUGUAGCUCAGACCUACUGAGCAGCUGAAGCUACCUGGCCAUCGUCUACAGGGGUCAGAGGGAUUUGGAGUAGGACCACAGACAUGAACGCAGCUCCUGGAGAAUAUGUGGAAAUUUCACCACGUCUAAAAGGAUUUUGUGAAACAGCUUAGAGCAGAGGAGGGCAUAUAAUUUCCC